AAAACGAAGAAGAACGCGCUUCCGGUUAGCCUGUCAAAAACAACCAGCUAGCAUUAUUAGCUGACCUCACCCGAAAGGAUACAAAAAAUGGAAGUAAAUCAAGCGAAGCAGGAGCACCUCCUCGCUUUAAAAGUGAUGCGGUUGACAAAGCCGACGCUCUUCACAAACCUGCCAGUGACAUGUGAAGACAGAGACCUGCCAGGGGAUUUGUUCUGUCAGCUGAUGAGAGAGGACCCGUCCACCAUCAAAGGAGCAGAGACCUUAAUGCUGGGAGAGAUGCUCACGUUACCGCAGAACUUCGGAAAUAUUUUCCUGGGUGAGACCUUCUCCAGUUACAUCAGUGUGCACAACGACAGCAGCCAAGUUGUGAAGGACAUUCUUGUGAAGGCUGACCUUCAGACCAGCUCACAGAGACUCAACCUGUCGGCGUCAAACUCGGCAGUAGCAGAACUCAAACCCGAGUGCUGCAUCGAUGACGUCAUUCACCAUGAAGUCAAAGAAAUCGGAACGCACAUCUUAGUUUGUGCGGUCAGUUACACCACUCAGUACGGGGAGAAGCUUUAUUUUCGGAAGUUCUUCAAAUUCCAGGUGUUGAAGCCGCUGGAUGUGAAGACAAAGUUCUACAAUGCCGAGAGUGACCUCAGUUCUGUGGUAAUUGUCCUUUUGUUCUCAUCGCUGAACAUUAGCUUCUCAUAAUCCUUUUUUUUUUGGUGCAGCAGAUUCUUUUUUUUUUGUCUUUCUGGGGCCAACAGAAAGGUGCAAAAGUAGAAGAAUGGAAAGUGAUGUAUAGUUUGAACACCUCGAUAGUUAUGAAUUAAUAAGUGACUUGUUUAUAUUUAUUUUAACGUAUUAGCCCUUUACAUUGACUUUCCAUUUUCUGUUCUUUUUGCGCCUUUCUUUGGACGCUCAUGCUUUUCUUGCAAACUCAUCCUACACAGGGCUUUGACUUUUGGAAAUUUAAGUUUGCGGUGUCAAAUUUCGGUGGGUUGGGAAUGAACUGAUUUAUUAUGAGGGGGAAAUGAGGAGUUCACAAACUGAUUGUUCAGAUUUUUCUAUUUGUGGAGAUGAAAACGAUUAUGUAACACUGCAGGCGUGAAGUUUGGUGCUCCAGAGAAUUUAACUUUCACCGUCUGAAUGAUCGUAUGGCUUUGUCAACUUUAACUGUCUGAUGAAAAAGGCAGAUUCAUCUUAAACUGCGGCCUUGUUUUUACAGACUUUGAGGGUUAAGGCUGGCUACACACUAGACUAUUUUCAAAUCUUAACCGAUUUUAGAAACAUUGGAGACCACAGACACAAGGACCGUUUCCACUGAUUGUUGACAUUAUAAUCCUCUGAACGCACACACUAGACCAGUGGUACUCAACUGGUCUA